AUGAAUUGCUCACGGGUCCUAAUCAGGCCCGUCGCCACGCGCCACCUGAUAGUAUCCACAUCUCGACGCUGCAUCUGCUCCAGCUCGGGUCGCCUGGCCGAUGCCGGGGACAAGCAAAGAUACCACAGCAACGUCGAUGAAUACCGCAAGUACCAAAUUGAGCGUGCGGACAACCCACAUAUGACCAACACGAAUUCUACAAUUCACAACGAGAUGCCCUCACUGGGCAAGGACGCUUCUCCGCCAGAGAUGAUCAGCGCCACCGAUGCCGACUUUGUUCCCAAAGACAUAAUACCAGAAAACACGGAGAAGAUGACGGGAGGAACUCAGCCAGGAGAUCCCAACAAAGUAAGCCAGUCAGAUUAUGCUGUUGGUGAAAUGGAGGGCAUCUCUUUCAGAGUCGAGCCUCUACGCCGUACAGGAGAAGACCUCCCUACCAUGAGAGCCAGAUUACUAUACCAAAGCAGGAAGCGAGGGACAUUAGAGUCUGACCUCCUACUCUCCACUUUCGCGGCAGAAAACUUGUCCUCCAUGAGCCGAUCCCAACUUGAGCAGUACGACCUCUUCCUGGAUGAGAACGACUGGGAUAUUUACUACUGGGCAACUCAAUCCGAAGCAAACACGCCUACGUCGCUAGAGUAUGCAGAAGGCGCAACGUCGGAGACAAAGGACCAAACAACCGAAUAUUCCUCACCUGCAACGCCAGGACAGGCUCAAGAAACAGAUGCGUGGAGGCAAGGGGCUCCGCGAAGUGGAGAGUGGGCUCAGACUGUUGGUGCGUUCAAGCCGGCAUACAGGCCAGUCCCUCAACGAUGGAAAGACAGCGAGGUUCUCAGCUUGUUGCGGAGACAUGUCAAGGCACGCAGUGCUGGUGGAGUUCUUGAAAAUGUCGAGGAAGCCGCCAAUACUAAGCCCAGUGGAAGUGGCCUUGGGAGGAUGCCUGAGGUUCAGACGUUCAAUUGA